AUGAAUGGAGUACCUUUUGAAUUUGAUGAGAAGUGUUUCCAUGCUUUUACUGUACUUAAGGAGAAAUUGACUUCAACGUUGAUAGUUGAUGCACCUAAUUGGGAUUUGCUAUUUGAGUUAAUGUGUGAUGCAAGUGACUAUGUUGUAGGAGUAGUGUUGGGGAAACGAGUUGAAAAUGUGUUUAGAAUGAUUUAUUAUGUGAUUCGUACCUUGAAUGAUUCUCAUGUUAAUUAUGCAACUACAGAAAAGGAGCUCUUGGCCAUUGUGUUCGCUUUUGAUAAGUUUAGGCCAUGUCUCAUUGGGAAUAAGAUAAUGUUAAUUAAAAUAAAGGAGAAUAAUGAGGUACCGUGGUUCGCUGACUAUGCUAACUUCUUGGCUGCCAAUAUAGUGCCUCCAGAGAUGUCUAGACAACAACUUAGAAAGUUUUAUUCGGAGGGGAUAGAUUUUAUGGGACCCUUUCAGUCAUCUUAUAAUAAUAAGUAUAUUUUGCUUGUUGUAAAUUAUGUUUUGAAAUGGGUGGAAGCAGCAGCAACUCCAACUAAUGAUGGAAAGUUAGUUAUGAAUUUCUUACAAAAGAAUAUUUUCACUAGAUUUGGAACUCCUAGAGCUAUUCUAAGUGCUGAAGGGACUCGUUUUUGUAAUAAACAGUUCGAUGCUUUGCUUGCUAAGUAUGGAGUGAGGCAUAGAACAACCCCAGCUGAUCAUCCCCAAUCAAAUGGGCAAAUGGAAGUGUCUAAUAGAGAGGUGAAAAUAAUUCUAGAGAAGACCGUCAAUAGUUCAAGGAAGGAUUGGUCCAACAAGCUUGAUGAUGCAUUGUGGCUUAUAGGAUGA